AUGGCUUCUUUCUACAAGACGGCAACAGCAGUGUGCCUCGUCGCACUCGGUGUGCUCCAAUCCCAGGCACAGGGGAAUACUCCAACAUAUAAGUUUACAGUAGUGAAGGUAGAUGAAGACGCCUACUUGUCCGCCAACUUGGCCCGUAAUGGAAAGCUCCCAGUUCACAUCAGUGAGGUCACAAAGGACGAAAGCCUUGUCACUGAGUUGACGGGAAAAGUAACAGCCGGACCAGAUCCCGCCGCGGAGAACUGUACUACAUUGAUAGCCGCCCAACCGAAGGAGAACUUCCAUUACUCUUUCGACUACGAACCCAAGUCGGAGACCAGUCCAGACUACCGUCAAUUACUGCAGAAGGCCCUUGACGCAGGAUUGACAGUCUUCAAUGAGGAGUAUUUCAACGGACUUAUAGAACGAACCACUCAAUUAAAAGAUAUGACAAAAGACGACCUGAAGAAUUCGGUUGGAAAUGGCCCUGUAGCAACGGCCUCUACGAUUCUAAUUGCCGGUUUGGUUGCUAUGCUGACAGCCGUCUCUGCCUAG